GGUAGGAAAGUGACUGCUGGCUACGACGUUGAGUUUUCCGAUAGAGUGACGGUGGCAACGAAAAUUUAGCCUUUUUUUUUUCCAAGAAGAGAAGCUGGUCUUUUUUUUAAGAAGGUAAUUGGAAGAGUUAUCAAAAAGGUGGCAGGAAUCAUCGAUGAUUCGAACGCUUCAAGCUCGUCUGAUAUCGUUUACAUCACUCUCCCAAACCUUGUGCAGAAACAAUGGAAGCUCAAAUACACAUGUAGCUGGAACUGGGGUAAUGUGCAGUAAUCUUGCAGUGUCAGCAAAAACUAACACUCAUUACGGGAUUAAGACUUUGUCUUCAGCAGCAGUUUUGUCAACUAAGAAGUGUGUACCAUGCAACACAAAGGAUUUAAGGCCUAUGACUGAAGAAGCUGCCAAUCAGUUGAUGCCGCAGGUGUCGGGGUGGGAUUUGGUGAAUGAUGGUGGCACACUGAAGCUGCAUAGGUCCUGGAAGGUCAAGACUUUCACCAAAGGAUUGGAGUUCUUUCAAGAGGUGGCGAGUGUUGCAGAAGCUGAAGGUCAUCAUCCCGAUCUUCAUCUUGUUGGGUGGAAUAAUGUGAAAAUUGAUAUAUGGACUCAUUCUGUGGGUGGACUCACAGAAAAUGAUUUCAUACUAGCUGCCAAAGUUAAUGGGCUUGAUGUGCAGGACCUUCUCAGCAAGAAACUUAGCAAACCAGCACAAAGCAGUGGUUAACCUUCCAAGUUUAGAGUUGUAUUAUGAUGUUAGUUUCUUAUAUACUAGAUAUCAUGGGCAUUUGGGUACUGUUGUUAUUUAAGAAAUGAAAUCUAGAGGACAUCGUCUUUUCAAGGGGCAUUUUGUUAAUACUAUGAGACACAUUUAAAACGUAUUCCAAUUGUUUGGCGACAUGGUUCAUAUGCUGAUUCUGGUCUUUGUUGAGGAAUUAAUGAAUUUAUCUCAACUA